AUGAGAUGUAACCUUCCAUGUUGCGCGAUACUCCUGCUUGUCCCUCUUUGUCCGGUGGCGACAGUAGGCCAUGAUAAUUAUGGAAAAAUUUGCGUUUUUGAAUGAAUUAUAGUUGAAUGGUGGAUCAACAAGCAUACACCCGAGUGAGGACUGGUUUCUGGCAAUGACACACCAGAGAGUUUCAAUUUAAAGGACAGCAGAACAAGCAACGGAGAAAGGUCAUAUUAACUAAUGGCUGCCGAAUCGGGGAGACUACUGGCGGGACAAGGAAAACGAAGCAAAGCUUCACAGAUGAAGAGCCCGGAGAAGAAGAAGGCAAGGAAAUCCACCAACCAGGCGGCAGGAUUCUCCCACCUUACUGAGUUUGCACCCCCUCCUACCCCCAUGGUGGACCACCUGGUCGCCUCCAACCCCUUCGACGAUGACUUUGGGCCCCUAUCCCGGCCCAGUGGGGCAGGUGGACCAAGUGGUGCUCCAUUUCUUCCCAGCCCAGGUGGAGGAGGUGGGUAUGUCGGUGGGGGCAGAAUGGGCAUGGGCUUCAUGGGAGGCCCCGCAGGACCAGGGGGCGGACAACCUGGACGGAGGAUGCCGUUUGGACCUCCGUCCAACGCUGGCCCCCACCACCAGCUAGGCUUUGGAGGAAUGCCUGGCUUUGGAGGUGGUGGUGGGGGCGGCAGUGGGGGAGGAGGGGGUGGUGGCUUUCCUGCUGGUGGCCCUUCUCAGUUCAACAUGCCACCAAACUUUAAACAACAACAACAACAACAACAGCAGCAGCAUAGCAUGAAUCCUAACGGCCCCCCUCCUAAUAAUACCACCCCCGGCCCUUCUCCUAAUUCUGGACCCCCGCAAACAGGAGGAGGCUUUCCUGGCCACCCUGAAGUCCAGCAGCCCAAUUCCAAUGCACCUGGUCAGCCUUCCUCAGCCCCUGGUCAGCCUAACCCCAACUCUUCACCUACUGGUCCUCUGAAUGGAUCGGGCCAGCAACAGCAUCCACCACCCAGUCAAGUACAGCCCCCCAACAACACAAACACCCCCAACUCAAACAACUCUACCCAGCAGCAGCAAUCCACCCCACCUAAUUCUGCCCCCGGCUCCACUCCGUACAACCAGCAGAACAACACUCCGGGUGCUGGCGGUCCCAUGCCAAAUGCGGCCCCCAACUCAGGUCAGAACAGCAUGACCAACAACAACGGAGGCAACACGCCUGGCAGCAACCCAAACCCCCCCUCUAACUCCACUUCGACACCAAACACCCAGUCUCCCCUGCCCCCCGGCCCGGCCGCCCCCUCCACAGGGCCUGGCUCUGGCCCCGGAAAACUCGGUGGCCCCGGGAUGGUCUUCCCUUGUGGCCACUGCAUGGCAGAGGUGCAUGACGAUCAGGACGCCAUCCUGUGCGAGGCGUCGUGCCAACGCUGGUUCCACCGUGACUGCACAGGCCUGACGGAGCCAGCGUACGGGCUGCUGACACGAGAGAGCGCUGCCGUUUGGGCCUGUGACUUCUGUAUCAAGACCAAGGACAUCCAGGCCGUGUUUGUGCGCCAGGGAUUAGGCCAGCUGGUGGCGGCUAAUGAGAGUUGAGGAGUGGAUGGCAGAGGGGCUGCGUGGAGUUUCAUCGCAUACUGGACAAAUGGAGACAUUCUUUGACCUGACUGACCCGUGUGUCGUGUCAGCUAGUCGCCCAACUUUCUCUUGACUAGCCCUUUACUUGUUCACUACACAGAGAAACACACUCAUUGACACCCAUGCUUAUAUAUAAAAUAAUUUUUCUUCCCUUCGCCCUCAAAACGAGUCAAAAACAUGAUGAAUGUUAAACUACACACUCCUUCAGACAUCUAGACUGCCAACCAGCAAAGCACUGACACCAACACACUACCUCACACACUUUGUGACUGACUUGCCACACUUGUGCACCGCAGGAGUGUGAUGGCAUUUCAGACACGCAAACCCACGUCAGUCGGCCAACGCAGUGUUGAUAUAUUCCCCUUUUUUGUAUUGAUGCAAUGACUCAAGUUAUCAGCGUUUUUCUCAAUGUUUCUUGGGUAUAAAUUAAGACAAACAUGAUGUAUGUAAAAUCUUAAUAGAGACAAAAGUCAUUGAAAGAGUGCCUGAAAAUCUAAAAGGGUCAUUGUGUGUAGAUCACAGCAUUAUUUUCCAUCAAAAUAACUGAUUUUAUCAAUUGGCUAUUGCGUUGUCUUUUUACUGCAGGCAAGCAAAAGAAAAUAAAAAAAUUACAAGUGUUUUGCAGCGUUAAAGUUAAGUGUUUUUUGACAACAACCAAAAAAUUGGAUGAAAACAACAUAUCUUUUAAAAUUCUUUAGUCUGUUUCUCCUUCGCGUACACACUUUGAUGCUGAUUAGUUGUAAAUAUGAGGACAAAUCAAAUUUCUGGAACUUAUAUCAGUUGUGAACAUGCUACAGAGUUGACCAAUGAACAAAAUAAGUUAAACAUAUGUGUCUUGGUUGUCUACAGUAUUCAUACAGUAUUCAUCCAGUACAUUUGAGUCAACUGUUUUUUAUCUCUGCAGUACACAUGAAUUGUGAAGUCAGUGCUUUUGUAUGGUGUCGGCAUAGCAAGUAUGUGCAUAGUACUUAAUUAUUUUUAUUUUUUUUAAGCUGGGACGAGGGUGCAUGUGAACCAGUAUAUUCUGACCUGUGCGCUGCACGAGGCCUUGAAGUAGACCAAAUAACUUCAGAGCGAACAGUACCCAUUCUUCACAUUUCUGUCAUUGUAAAAUGUGUUUAUAACUAUUCUUCCCUCCAUCUCUUUACUUUUUCUUUAUUCGAUGUCCAAGUUGCCUUUCUUUUUUUGGCUCUCUCAGCUGUUCUUUUAUAUUUUGUACCCUUGUACCCUAUCUGUGCUGUGCUCUUGCUCUGCUCUGGCGCCUCAUGGUGGAACCUGCAGGAACCAGUGAGUCUCACACCAGGUGGGAAAGGGAAAGGUACUGAACUCUGAAGUAAAGACAGAAUUUUUUUUUUGUA